CGAGAAUCGACGCCAUCUUGGGAUAGUGGAUGUGUCUUGAGUUUAUGGUAUUUGUAAUUUCUUUUGUUUAAGUAAGUUUUUACAAAAUACUUCAAUAUAAUAGUGACUUUUAGCUACUUAAUAAACAAUUUUGACUCCACCAAAUUAAGUGGUACUUUUACAGUUGAUUAAGAAAGGACAUUAACUUUAGUUCGUCUGAUUUUAGUACAAGGUGGACCAGCGUGGCUACCCUUUGUUUCUGUCAAUUUACAAGGAGGUGCCUGGUCGCAGGAUGGUGCGGCUCGCGAGUGACUAGUGUAGUGCCUGUGUGAGUGUGGACCAUGGACAAGCGCAAGAUGAUGCCGAAACGGCCGCGUAUGGACAACCUCCGAGGACCGAUCGCCAACGGUCCGAUGCAGACCAGGCCACUUGUCGCCCUACUCGACGGUCGAGACUGCAGUAUAGAGAUGCCUAUCCUUAAGGACGUCGCUACAGUAGCCUUCUGUGACGCCCAGUCUACCUCUGAAAUACACGAAAAAGUUUUAAAUGAAGCCGUAGGAGCACUCAUGUGGCAUACAAUCAUUUUAACAAAAGAAGACCUUGAAAAGUUUAAGACGCUUAGAAUUAUUGUUCGUAUCGGCAGUGGUGUUGAUAACAUUGAUGUCAAGGCAGCGGGAGAGCUGGGCAUUGCAGUGUGCAAUGUACCCGGUUAUGGAGUAGAAGAGGUAGCGGAUACCACGCUAUGUCUGAUUCUGAACCUGUACCGUCGUACCUACUGGCUGGCCAAUAUGGUGCGAGAAGGCAAGAAGUUCACAGGACCUGAGCAGGUCAGAGAAGCAGCACAGGGCUGUGCGAGGAUACGAGGCGAUACACUAGGCAUCGUUGGUUUAGGUCGAAUUGGUUCUGCUGUUGCCCUCCGAGCGAAAGCAUUUGGUUUUAAUGUCAUCUUUUAUGAUCCUUACUUGCCUGAUGGAAUAGAAAAGUCCUUGGGUUUAACAAGAGUAUAUACGUUACAAGACCUGCUUUUCCAGUCAGACUGUGUAUCGCUGCACUGCACCCUCAAUGAACACAACCACCACCUCAUCAACGAGUUCACCAUCAAACAGAUGAGGCCAGGAGCGUUCUUAGUGAACACAGCACGGGGAGGAUUGGUGGACGAUGACGCUCUGGCUGCAGCCCUCAAGCAGGGCAGAAUCAGAGCAGCCGCUCUAGAUGUACAUGAGAAUGAGCCCUACAAUGUGUUUCAAGGUGAGCAACGACCAUUAAAGGAUGCACCAAACCUGUUAUGCACACCACACGCAGCAUUCUACUCGGACGCAUCUUGCACGGAACUGAGAGAAAUGGCCGCUUCGGAAAUCAGAAGGGCAAUUAUUGGCCGCAUCCCCGACUGCUUAAGGAACUGCGUGAACAAGGAAUACUUCCCGAGUGGAGGUGUGGGUGUUGGCGUAGGGUACCCCGUAGGCGGUGCUGAGGGCAUGAAUGGGGGCUACUAUGCGGCAGGUGGUGGGGCUGUGGGGGCCGCUCAGACCGGGGCACUGCCAGUACAGCAGGCACACUCCACCACUCCUCAUGAGGUGCCCCACUCCGUCACCGCUCCGCCUCCACCCCAGCCCCCUCCUGUCACUCAGCCUCCCGGCUUACCCCACUCCAUGCCGCUGAACACGGCUGACCCAUCCAACCAUCACUCGGUGAAACCCUCGGUGGAGUCGUCAGAAGUGCAUUAACCCCCUCCUCAGGACCACUGACAGUGUUAUCAUUUCACUCAGUACAAACUACACGAACACAUCGCUCUCCUCACCUUUUUGUUUCUGGCAAUUUCUUUCAGGAAACACACAACAAUGUCAGAACUUUUAUUACUAUCAUCUUAUAACCGAAAAAAUUGUUCUGUUGUGUUAUAAAGAAUUUUUCCGGGAUUUAGUAAUAAAAUUACAAGAGACAGUUUUGACAAUAGUAUCGCGAACUGUGCAGUAGAAAGGGAAUGACAACUUGGAGGAUCCAGGUUCUUAUUUCUUUUCUCCUGCAUUAAGAGAUAUUGCCAGGAGUGAAGAGGUGCUAUAGAACUCUGAGUAUAUAGUACUAGAUGUCGUGCAUGUGUCUUGCCCUCUUAUUGUGGACACUGGUGACAGUGCGUGACAGUUACGUGCGUCAUCUACUGGUCAUUGUACAUAGCUCAUUUUGUCUAGAUAACUUCAAACAUUUUUGUUAGAUAGGUUAUUUGCUUAUUUUUCAUAUAAAAUGGCUUUUAAUAAUGUUCAAUCGUGAUUGUACAUUUCAAUUUAUUUUAAAAUAUUUUUGCUGUUUUGAAGCUGUAUAAUUUUCUCUUUAAAUUCAUAUAUGACAUUACUGUGAUGAAAAAUAUUACGUGAUUUUUCUCUUUGUUUGAAGACAUUUUUUAGUUUACCAUUUUAUCAUAUUUUAAAUAUUAACUAAGUAUGUUAUUAUUAUACAUUAGAAUUUGGGACAAAUGUUUUAUAAAUUACAGAUUGUUUGAAUUUUUUACAAUAGAGCUUUAUCCUAUAUUAUAUUUACCUGGUAUUUUUAAAAGGUAAUUCUGUUUUGUCUAUGUUUCCAUAGCUAGAAUUUUCAUUUCUAACCUGCAUCUGUAUAGAACUAAAGUUAAUGCAACUCGGGAUGUGACACAACACUAUUCUUCUCAUAAUCAAGUGACAGUGUCGCUUUAAAAUUACAGUUCAAUACAGGUUUUGAUUAAAAUUUGAUAUUACCCUUUAUUUAAUUUUAGAAUUUAAUGUAUCAUUAAUUUAAACAAAUAUUGUGUUCACUUAAACUUCCUCUUUGGUUUUUGUGAAACGGUAAUUUACAAAUUUGUAUUGAAAAAAUAUAAUUGUUUUGGAAAAAAUGCAUUACUGUAAGACUGAAGAACUUUACUGGUGUAUUUUGUAUGAAACACUUUGUUGUUAGAGUUGAAAACAACAGGUUAAUUUAAAUUUUCAUACUUGAAUGUUGAUUUAACCGCUUUGUACUAAUUGAAAAAUAUUUUCCAGAAUAAUACAUCCAGCAGUAUAAUUUUAAAUUUUACUGUUUUCUAUUGUUUCUUUAUUUAAAGUUUUCCAAUGUUUUAACAUUGCGUUAAUUACCUCUUGAGUUGUCAAAUGCGAUGUAUUAUAUGUAUCUUUGAAGCGAUUCAAUUGAUGUGAUUAAUUUCAGUGUAUUAUAAUAUAAAAAUAAUCCAGAAAUUGAAUAAUUACGAUAAAAGCUUGAUUUGUUAACUAUUUAGUUUAGUGACAUUGACUUUUUAUACAAAACCUUUGAAAGUUGAGUUUUAUUUUUGUAAAGUGUAGUUAUAAGCAUACAGUUGACAUCACAGAACCGGUUGCACGUGGUCGCUCGGUCGUCACAUAACAUUCCACCCGCCACGACAACCGGUUCCGGUCCAUCCUGCAUGCCUGCGCCUGCUGAGCUGACGAGGUCGUGUAUAGUACUGUUCUUGAAUGUUUUCAUUUCUAUGUGGCAGAUAUCGAUAGACAGUUUUAUAAAUUUGUGAAAUCUAUUUCAAAUGAGAUUUCUGUAUAAAAAGACUUAAAUUUAUAUUUUGAGAUAAUCCGAAUUGAAGUGUUUGCUAAGGACUAAAUAAGGAAAAUACCGGCGUGUGGAAUUCCUUUUUUCAUAUUGUUAAGAUACUUUAGUUAGUUGUAGUUGAGUUAUCAGCUUAGGUUUGUAAGGUAGAUUAGUGUCCAGAGUUUACGAAUGAAUGUUUAGGGUUCUUCCACUGAACAUGUAAAUCAUACUGAAUAAAUGACAUCAUCUUGUA